ACUUUAAUCAAAUUUAUAAUAUUUACCUUUCUUCCUAACCCACCUAAAACAUACUUUGGAUCGUUUCUAGCUGCCAUUCCUACACGCGAUAAUUUAUUCUACAAAACCCUCUCUGAAUUUUUCUCAUUUUCAGAUACCUUAACUUUAUUUCAUUCCCACACAUUUAUGGCGACUACUUCAGCAUCCAUCUUUCGAUGCAAACUUCAAAUGCCAUAUAUCUGCAAACUCCAGCCUCACAUAAUACGUUUUAGCCAUUUCUUGGUGAUAUCAAAUUCAAUACACAAGGCAAAAAAUCAUCAGAUUCUACGGAACCACAAUCUUCAACCGCCGGGCAUCGGUCUUAGGUUGCUAAAUACAGACAGGGACAACAACCUGGUCGUGUGUUGCAGUAUAGGAUCAGGACCUUCAGAUCCUGGUUCCUGGAAACUAUGGGUUGUGGGAAUUGUGAUGAGUAUAAUCCUACCCUUUUGGAGGAGCAAAUGGGGGCCAUUGUUAAAACUGAAAGACGAAGUUGAAACAAUAAUAGAUAAAGCAGAAGAGGUGACGGAUAUUGUCGAAAAAGUGGCGGGACAAGUGGAGGAAGUGGCGGAUGAUAUCGGAAAUCAUCUGCCGGAAGGCAGACUUAAAAAUGCCCUUCAAUUUGUUGAGGAUAUGGCUCAAAAUACAGCUGACGGUGCACGCUUAGCUGGAGAUCUCAUUGACAAGGUAGAGGAAGUGGAAGGAAAAGUGGAAUCUUGGAUGGGACAAGAUAGCAUUGAUGAAGAAGCAAAGAUAGCAAAGGAAGAAGAAGAAGAUGCAGCAACAAAGGAUCAGGCUUAGCUUAGCCUAACAUGCAUCUGUCUCUAAUUGCAAAAAAGGGUGGUUGAUAAAACUUCUAUUAGACGAAUUUAAAUCGUGUAAUCUCAUUUAUUUGCAAAUUCAAUUCUUAUCUUUUGAUUUAUUGUACAUCUUUCUACUGGCAACCAAUUUUCACAA